UCGAUCUACGAUUUUUUUUCCUGUCACUCCUUCAGACCGUCUUAAGUUCGACUUUGAUCCGACCCUGUUCUAUACUACUCAUUAACCGAAGAAUUGCGGUCCCCGGUUCCCGGUAUCUAGUUUAUCGAAUCUAUCCAUCCUCUUUUACCCCUGUCUGGCUGCAACAUGGUUGAUGCGCGCUAUUGAUUCACGGAACCCUGAUCAUUGACGACGCCAUACAAACAACCUACUUUUCUCUUCCCAGCAAUGUCGGAGACCAGCGAUGCGCCGAAUGCCCCGCCGGCGCAACAUGCGCUGGGUAUACCGCGACCCCCUUCCGUGGGCGGAAUAUCGUCGCGAGUGACCGAUAUGGCCUCAGACGACGGAGAGAACUCCCAAGCCUUUACUGCUAUGUCGUCGCAACCGCCACGCUCGCGACCGUCUGUAUCCCGACGAGUACCUCCACCCGCAAGGAGCUCCAUCACAACCACGAGUCAGACGACGACAAGGCCUGGAAGUUCUGGCAGUCGACUGAGUCGAUCUCACAUUCCUUCCUUAACGGCGCAGGGCUUCUUUCGUCCAAUGUCAUCCCAGCGACUUCAGGCCCAUAGAGGUCGACCGAUGACGAAAGGAACCACGAAGGACACUUCGGAAGAAUGGGGCGAGCUCGGCAGCCAGAACCGGCAGAGUCUAAUCUCGAAUAGCACCGCACCUCGAGAUUCUCUCCCGCCAAUAGAUCAAGAGCCCCCUCCUUCGAGAGGCACCGAAUUCACAGACCCUAUCAUCCCCGACCGAACAGCGUCGAAUGCUAGCCCAAUGGGCAAUACGACGGGGAGGAGCAUAGGCGAGAGUGCAAAGCUUAUCCACGACAGGGAGAGGGCUUACAAGCUCAAGCCACCACAUCUCAACCUAGGCGUGGACCACGGCAAUCCGAAUGCUCCUGAUGCCCCUCAAAGAUCGCCUCUUUCCUUUCUCUCGCUGCAGAACAGGAACCAUGUGCAAGAAGCCCGUGAUCGCGCGCACGAGAGGCUGUCUUCUGCCGGGUCGACACCUGCGUCGAUUGAGAAGCAACCCCAAACUACUAAGCGUAGUCGUCUGGGGAAGAAUUAUGAGUACUUUGUCGGCAACACGAUAUUCUUUGGCGGCGGGAGGUUGCAGAACUCGAGGGACAAGCCCGUCAAUAUUGCUACUGGGAUAUUCGUGGUCGUGCCCUCGGCACUGUUCUUCGCAUAUUCGGCUCCCUGGCUUUGGCAUCAUAUAUCUCCUGCCAUCCCGAUCUUGUUUGCCUACCUCUUCUAUUUAUGCUUUUCGUCGUUUAUCCAUGCUUCGGUGGUUGAUCCCGGGAUAAUUCCACGAAACCUUCACCAGUUGCCUCCACCAGACCCUUCAGUUGAUCCACUGGCAGUAGGCCCGCCGACUAAUGACUGGGUGAUGGUCAAACUGGCGACGUCCGACGUCGCAGCCAUGGAUGUCCCCGUUAAAUACUGUGAAACUUGCUGUAUCUGGCGGCCGCCGCGCUGCUAUCACUGCCGAGUGUGUGAUAACUGCGUGGAAACUCUGGAUCAUCAUUGUGUCUGGCUUAACAACUGUGUGGGCCGGCGCAACUAUCGCUAUUUUUUGACCUUCGUGGCAUCCUCCACGCUACUUGCAUUAUUCCUCCUAGGUGCCAGUCUCGCUCACAUCCUGGUAUACCGCAACCAGGAACAUAUCAGUUUCGGCUCUGCGAUUGACAAAUGGAGAGUGCCUUGGGCCAUGGUGCUGUAUGGCGCAAUUGCUGCGCCGUAUCCUGCUUCCCUCUGGACGUAUCACAUCUUCCUGGUUGGCCGAGGCGAGACAACUAGAGAAUACUUGAACUCUCACAAGUUUGCCAAGGUCGAUCGUCAUCGUCCCUUCACGCAAGGCAGUGCCAUCCGAAAUUGGCUGUCCGUGCUCUUGCGACCGCGGCCUCCGACUUACAUGCAGUUUAAGAGAACUUACAAUGCCGGUGACCAACGCUUGAGCACCGUAAAGCGCAAGUAUCUCCCUCGCCAUGUUGAGCGUCAGCCCGACAUUGAGAUGCAGCGAGUCCCUUCUUCGCAACCUCAUGAAUGAGGCGUUCAUUUAGGACUCUGCGUUUCGCCUUGGUCCUUUCGGCUCCAUGUCUUAUUUUUUUUUUCAUGACACAACUUACAAUUGCACCGUAGGUAAACUGUUCCUUUUUGAAUUUUUUGCCUCCUCGACCUCUUCUUUUUCUUCUUCUCUCUACCUGCAAGACUAUUUGCAGAUGUAAUGCCUGUUGCACCUUUU